AUGGAUGAGUAUAGUUCAAAGAAAGCCGAGGGGUAUAAGGUGUCUUCAACAAAAAUAGUCGACAUUCCUAAAGUAGGUCAUCAUCUUAAUUCGGUCCCGGUAAACAUCACAAUACCCUAUGCAAACAGCUUGUUAGACGCCUACACUUUCUUCAAGAUGUUCAAGCCUCUUUUUGCAGACCUGAUCCUAAGCAUCCACGACAUUGUCAAUAGCCAAUCCUUCUUCCGCAACAGAUCCUGUGAGGAAGUCUUCAGGGUGAUAGAGAUAGAGCUUGGAUUCAUCUAUGAUGUGUUUUACACCAAAGUGGUUGUGAUUCACUCAAUCUUAGGUGGUUGUCUCCGGUUCUUUAGUUUUUUAUGUGUUCUUUCCGUAUUUGUGGCCUUCUUCAUCGCUGAGAAGCAAGAUUACUCUGCCGCACAUGUCAUCAUCACCUAUGUACUGCUGGCCGGAGCUGCCAUUCUUGAGAUGUAUGCCUUUCUUUUUCUACUUUGCUCUGACUGGACAAUGCUGUUGCUAAGCAAGCAUAAGAACAUUGCAGUGGAUCUCUUGUACCAAGUAAUUUCCCAUAUUCCAAAGUUUUUAAUACCCAAAAACAAGAGAUGGUCUAAUACAAUUGGACAAUACAAUCUUAUAGGAUUUUGCCUCAAAUACAGGCCUGGCAAGUGCAGUAUUUAUCUGAAGCACUUCGUAAGUUUUUACGAUCAGUUGGUAUAUGAGUACUAUUGCAAGAGGAUUAGCAUCCACAAGGAAUUGAAAGAGGUGAUCUUUAAGCAGCUUCAAAAGAAAUCUAGGGGAUCAAAACCUAGCGCUUGUAAGGAAUUAUGUGAUCAUAGAGGUGAAUGGGCUCUUAAGAAUGAGGAAUGUGACAGCAGACUUGGCUGGAGCGUUAUGGGAGAAUUUGAUGAAAGCAUUCUUCUCUGGCAUAUUGCAACAGAUCUCUGUUAUAAGUCUGAUACGGAUGAAAACUUAAACAACUCUCAACCGAAUCAAAGCUCAAACACAGUUAAGCGUUACAAUUCUAAAGAGAUCAGUAAGCUCUUGUCCGAGUAUAUGCUGUAUUUUCUGGUCAUGCGGCCAUUCAUGUUGCCCAAUGGGAUUGGACAAAUCCGGUUUCAAGACACAUGCGCAGAGGCAGUCGAGUUCUUUGAGGGGAGAAAAUUCAUAGCUGGAGAGAAGAAGGCUUGUGAAGCAUUAAUCAAAGUGAGCACUGAAAUUCUUCCGUCUGAAGUGAAAGGAGACAGAAGCAAAUCGGUGUUAUUUGAUGCCUGUGGCCUUGCGAAAGGCCUACAAUCCCUUGAAACAGAACAAAAUUGGGACAAGGAAAAGAAGUGGGAAUUGAUCAGCCAUGUUUGGGUGGAGAUACUAUCAUAUGCAGCCGGCCAAUGCCAGAAAAAUCAACAUGUCCAGCAGCUAAGGCGAGGUGGCGAGCUACUCAGUCAUGUCUGGCUUCUUAUGGCUCAUCUUGGUAUAACCAAACAAUUUCAAAUUACAGAUGGCCACGCGAGGACUAAGCUGAUUAUGCAAUGA